AUGGCACCACCCCCCUUCUACGCCAUCAUCUCCGGCGUCGGCUCCGGCACAGGCGCCUCCCUCGCCCGCCUCUUCGCCCGGCAGUCCUACGCCGUCGUCCUGCUCUCCCGCAAGCCCUCCUCCUACGAGCCCUUUGUCGCCGAGAUCACCGCCGCCGGCGGCACCGCCAUCGGCAUCUCCGCCGACGCCGCCGACCCGGCCGCCGUCGACGCUGCGUUUGAGCGCAUCGCGCGCGAGCUGCCCGACUCGAAGCUCGCUGCCGCCGUGUACAAUGGGCACGCGGGCAUGGCGAGGAAGCCCUUCUUGGAGAUGAAGCUGGAGGAGCUCGAGACGAGCCUCAAGACAACUGCCAACGGCCUCUUCAUCUUCGCCCAAAAAACCAUCCCCCUCCUCCUCGCCUCCGUCCCCUCCUCCCCCCAUCCACCAACCCUCCUCGUCACCGGCGCCACCGCCUCCGUCCGCGGCUCCGCCUUCUUCAGCACUUUCGCCGCCGGCAAGUUCGCCCAGCGCGCCCUCACCCAGUCGCUCGCGCGCGAGUUUGGCCCCAAGGGCGUGCACGUCGCGCUUGCUGUCAUCGACGGCGGCAUCGAUACCCCCUGGGGCAAGGAUAGGGUUGUGAAUAAUGGGGUGGAGGAUGGCAAGAUUAGUCCUGAUGCCAUUGCGGAGAGUUACUGGCACUUGCACACUCAGCCCAGGUCUUGCUUCACUCAGGAACUGGACAUUCGUCCCUAUGUGGAGAAGUGGUAG